AUGAAUUUCCCUAAAUAUAAGUAUGCUUAUCCUGAGAAAUCUGCGUGGUUUCCAUCUCGUAUCACAUUUUGGUGGAUAACAAGAUUAAUACGACAAGGUUACAAGAAUGUAUUAACUGAAAACGAUGUUUGGGAAUUACCUGAGUCUGAAAAGACGAAUAAUGUCGUCGAAAGUGUUCAGUAUAACAUCGACAGGAAGCAUGAAUUAUAG